UAAACUUUAAAAACUGAAAAUUGUAUAAAAUGUUACCAACAAAAUAUUUUUUUAAACGCCAUGAUUUUGGACGAUUUUAACUUCAAUAGAAAAUUGCUUGUCUAAAUUUCAAAAUUGUUUAAUCUUUGGACGAUUCGGGUAGGUUUUGAAUCCACGUUGAAUCGCAGCAGUAAACGUUUCCCUGCCUCGGGUAAACAAACGAAGAACCACCACAAAUUAGUGCUCAGACUCGUUUUUAAGUUUAUCGAGGGUUGACUUUCAAAGAUCACCGGUGAACAAAAUACUACCUGAUCGAGUAUCGACAUGUAUUCAUGUCUAUAAUUCUAUAUUGUCAAUGCCACAAAUGAUCUAGAAGUAAUUAUCAUCAAUCAUGGUAACUUUUUUUUUAUGAUAUUAUGCAACAUGAUUGGCGUCAGUGACGGAUAUACGCAUAGAUAUUAAGGAUAUCUUUAAUAUCUAUGGGCAUGCCAUCGAGAUUCGAGAUAAAGAAUACACUGGAGCGCGCACCAUAUUAGGGUAAAACUCUAGAGCCGCCGUAAUAAUCAUCCCCACCACCGUACGGCAAAAAACUAAUAUUUGUUCAUUUGUAGUCUCGGUUUAUUGACUUUUCUGUGGUUUAAAUUAGUGCUUUUUAAAGUAUUGAAAUAUAUAUUUAUUCUUAUUUCUAACGGGCUUUUUUUGUUGAAGAUAAUAUUCUUUAUCUCGAUGUUGCAUGCGAGCUUUAUGGCCAUUGUUUAUUGGCUAACUUUUGUGUUUUGGUAGCACUGUCUCCUCUACGAUUGGUCAUAGAUAGUAGUGCCUUAGACAACUUUACUGUACACGUCGUCCAGAAUCUAGCAUCAGCAUGUCAAUUGUCAAUGUUGUCAAACACGUUUUUAAAUGGCCCACAGGCUACCAAUAUUAAUGGACAAUUGUCAAUUAAUUAUAAAAAUAAACUAUGCAAUAUAAUUUCGUGUCAAAAGUCACAACUAUGGUAGGGAGAGAGGUAUACAUUAUGUUACUUUUCUGUCAUAACUUAUGAUAAACUGUAAUCGAAUAAAUAUUAAAUAGUAUUGUUAGUUAUACAUAAACAUUUAUAAAUAUUUUGGAGUACUUUUUAUUAUUAAAAAUGUUGCUCAGAGAAUUUUAGUUUUCAUUUUUGUUAAGUGCAAAUUUGUAGUCCACACGAAAACAAAAAUGUUGGUACCAAAAUUAGUGCGAUACGACCAUUUAUCCCAGAGUUAAGUUAAAAUGUGUAACCCUUCAAUGAUAUUUGUAUGGAAACUCAAUUUCUUGCCAUAUAGUGGUGGGGGUAACCGCAGUUGAGACUGCCUGUUAUUCGUAACAUACGAAAGUGAGUGGUGUACAACAACUAUUGAGGAUGAUCUUUUUUUUUGCUUAUCGGCCUGUCUCCGGGGCUGCUUUCUUUCAAAGGUGGCAACCCUAGGUGUACACAAUGAUAAUAAUAUAAUAUGACCAUAGACAAUUUAUAUAUAUAACAACUUGUCUAUAGAUAAGACAAUAUUCUUUGUUUGGUCAUGAUAACUGAUAAGGAAACAACUCUGGAAUUCUCAAUUUCUGAUUAUAUACAUUUUAAUAAUAUUAUGACAACGGUCAACGGCGAUUAACAGUGUCCAUACUAAUUCUUUAGAAUUUUUUUUAAAUGAUUGCAAGUCAAAUCCGACGAACACCGUUCGAAUAUUUAGUGAUUUUUUGUUAUUAGACAACGGUCAACGACCACAUACAUUGUGCAGAGUGCCGACGUAAUAUUUUGAUUUUUUUUAAAUAGUUCUUUGACAAAAGUGGUUUAGACAUUUAGUUAUCACUAUAAUAGAGAAAUGACCAAUGAGUGCAUCAAUAAUAAUUGCAAAUCAAAACCGAAAAGGAAGCUGUACGCUGCCCAACGAUCCGUGUGCAAUUACUAUAAGGUUCAGUACAAGCCAAAUCGCCAGGUGUGUGGGCCCUGUAUACGGAACUGUAUGGUUGACAUUGACAGCUUCAUUCGGCAGUUUAAAAACCAAGAAUGUGUAUUAAAUGAAAAACAUCCAAAAAGACAUAUCUCAAUUAUUGAGUUAUCAGACUCUGACGAUGAUAAUGCCGUCAACAAUGCUACCAUGCCAUCAACAGAAAACACAAACCUGCAAAUAGUUACAUCAAUAAACACAAUCUUGAAUGAUACUGUUAAACCAUUAAUCACUAAACAAAAAGAAUUAUGCGAAAGCUAUUUGCUUUCUAAAAAAGCCAAACUGGUUACUGAAAAUGAAAAAUUAAACAAUUUAAUGCAGCAGGUAGAUGAGAGUCUCUUUCAUUUGUACAGAAACUUAUACAAGUUUGAUAAUCAACAGGAAUUGAAGUUUGACGAAGAGAUAAGUAUUGUAGAAAAUAAUGAACUCGUGGAUAAUGAUGUAGCCUUUGUAUCAACUGUACGGUUACCUAAAUUGCCAGAUGAUUUACCCUUAAAAGAAAAUAAACUAUUUAGACACUUAUUACAACUGGGUGACAGAGUGUAUGGGAUGAAACAUUCACAACUGCAGCCAUGGGUUGAGGCAACUAUUAAAUCGGCACUUAGUAAUACAUAUUUUAAUAUUGUAUUUGACGAUGGAGAAGAAAGAGUUUUGAAUUACAAAAGUUUAGCAUACAGUAGUGCAAGCAACGCACAGUAUCCGGUAGGGAGUAGAGUGAUCGCCAAAUUCCAAGAUAUGAACAUUCAAUUGACAGAUAAAUUCUACGUAGGAGUAAUAGCAGAACCACCAAAAUACCUCAACAAUUUCAGGUACAUGGUAUUCUUUGAUGAUGGAUAUACACAGUAUGUAUACCAUAAGAAUAUUCGCCUUGUGUGUGGUCAGUCACCAGAUGUGAGUAACGAUGUGCAUGAAAAUAUACAAGAAUUUAUCAAGGAGUAUUUAAAAAAUUAUCCAGAACGGUCUAUGGUAAAAUUAAAUAAAAAACAAGUAAUACGCACAGAACUAAACAACAUAUGGUGUUCAGCCAAAGUGAAGAAUGUAGAUGCUUCGUUAGUCCAGUUAAAAUUCCUUGAACUCAAGUACGAACACACAGAGUGGAUAUAUCGUGGCUCGAAUAGGUUAGGCCCGAUAUACGAUCAAUUAAGUAGUAGCAAUGAAGAAAAACGUGUACGUAGUACAGUAUUGACUGAUGUUAAUAAGUUAUUAAACCGGCCGUAUAUUGAACUAGAAAACGAAAAGACUGAUGAUGAAAAAAGUAUUAAUAUUGUUAACAGCAAUAACACUCAAAAAAUACAGAAACCUCAAGAAAAUAAUGGUGUUGUUAAAUUAAUUGAGAUACCAGCAAACUGUCCAAAACCACUUCCUUACAAGCACCAUCAGUGUUCUCAUUUGUGUAUGUUAUGGGUUCACUACGACUACAGUCAAACAAAACAUAUGAAUGUUUUAAGCAUUCCAUUACAUUAUGGAUUUAAGAGGUCUAUAAAAACAGACGAAAAAUCCAAAUUAAAAAAAGUAAUAUAUACCACUCCUUGCGGGUGUAAUAUAGUUAAUGAAGAAAGAAUGUAUAAUUACUUGAAAGUGACAGGGUAUGGUAAUAGUCCAAUGACUAUAGAUUUAUUUAAUUUUGAUUGUGAGGUGAACCCACUGUCUUUGUUUAGCGUGCCAAAUGAGUUUAUUCGCAUACACGACAUAUCUUACGAGAUGGAGUUUAAAUCAAUAAGCGUUGUCAACAGUUUGAAUAAUUUAUUACCAAAAAACAUAAAGUAUAUAAUGGAACGCAAAACUACCACCGGCAUUAAUUUGAAUACAGACUCAAAAUUUUUAAGUGGAUGUGAUUGUACUGAUAAUUGUGAAGACAAACAAAAAUGUUCCUGUUGGCAACUUACCUACGAAGCUCCAAAAAAUUAUCCCAAUAGUUUCAAAGACCCUAACAUUGGCUACAUUUCCAAACGGUUACACAACCGUGUACUCACGGGUAUUUUUGAAUGCAAUGCCAAUUGUAAAUGUGGGAAAACUUGUUUAAAUCGUGUUGUUCAAGAACCACUGAAGACUUCACUGCAAUUGUUUCUAACUGAAAAAAAAGGCUGGGGUGUGAGAACGCUUGCUGAUAUCCCCAAAGGCAGUUUUGUUUGUACAUAUCUUGGGGAGGUACGCACAGAGAAAGAUACUGAAAAUGAUUAUGCAAUAAAUUGGGGCGAAUAUCUAGCAGAUUUGGAUUUUCUCGGGACAGCUGAAAAGUUCAAAGAUGGAUAUGAAAGUGAUGUGGUCCAGUCUGAAAACGAAAGUGACGAUUAUAAUAAUUCAUCUGACGAUGAAGAGUUUUAUCCUGAUUGGAAAACCAAACGUAAAAUGAGUAUGUUUGAAUCUAGAAUGUCGUUAAGGAAGAAUUUACAAGACACAAAUACAAAAAUUGAUGGCAAACAUGACCUGUCUAAGUUAAAUACCCAACAAAGAGUUGUAAAUAAACACAAAUCUUUGCUAAGGUACCUAUAUGAAGACUGUGGCUUCUACACAUUGGAUUCUAAUGUCAGUGGGAACAUAGGUCGCUAUUUUAAUCAUUCCUGUGACCCAAACAUAUUUAUACAAAAUGUUUUCAUCGAUACACAUGAUCUUAGAUUUCCAUGGGUGGCAUACUUUGCAUUAUCAAAUAUUCCAGCAGGAACCGAACUAGUAUGGGAUUAUAAUUAUGUUGUAGGAAGCGUGGAACACAAAAGACUUCAGUGCUACUGUGGGUCAAAAAAUUGUAGGGGCAGACUAUUAUGAUUUUUUUUUUUUGUUAUUAAUAUUUCUUUAUAUUUAUAAUCAAUGUUUUUGUAAUUAUUAAUUUUUUUUUUUUAAAUAUACGAGUAGAGAGAACAAAAUAAUAUGUUAUGCUUCAAUGAUGUAGGUAUGGACAUGAAUAUUAAUUAUAUAAAAGUAUGAAAUAUUUCUGUCUUUUGAAAUUUUUGUUAGUACAACAGAUCACUAUAGUCGCAUCUUGCAUACUAUCAUUUUUACAUGUUAUUCCAAGACUUAUGAAAAUGCUUUUAAGUUUUAAGUUAGGUGAGCCAGAUAUUCUAUAUUUUGAACAGGGAAUGUCCAAACCUAAACUAAUUUUCCUAUGUCCUAAAAACUCUCUUUGGGAUAACAAAAUGCAGUUUUUAAAAAAUUUCCCAUUUAUAUCGGGUUUUUUGAUUUGAGAAAAUAACACUUGAUUUCAUUAGUAAAAAGCGGGCAAGUGUAUAACACUCUGCUGUACAUUAUAUGUCUAGAUAAGUCACUGUAAUUUAUGUGUUAUAAUUGAAUUCAAAGAUAUACAAUAUAUAUAUAUAAUAAUUGUAGGUAAACAAAAAAUGAUUCUGAGUCAAGACGGUUUGUCAGUCUAUAAUACUACUAAGUAUAUUUUAUGACAUUGUGAUUAAAGUAAUUUAUUUUACUAUUAGUACUACAGUACUUAGGUUAAAUUUAUUUGAUACAUUUUAAAAUUUUAAAUUCACAGUCGAGUUUAUAAUGUGAAUUAAUACUUGUUAAAUUUCCAAACUUUUUUUAAUAUUUUGCUAUGUGUAUAUUAUACAUUAUACAGCAGGGGGGCAGCCAAGAGUUUUGACUGAAAAUAUAUUUUUCCUUUAUAGAUUGACUAACGUAUGUUUGAUGGUGAGAGCUAAUAUUCUACAAUUCAAUUAAUGUUUGAUAAAUGAUAAUGCUUUAUUUUUUUUGUUAUCAUAUCUGGAAAUGACUAUGAUUAAGUGAGAUAUCUGUGACAAAAUUUAAAAUUUCAACUUUUAUUGUUUAUAUCAUACUUGAAAUUGUAUUCAAAAUAUAAUAUAAUUAAAUUUAAAAAUGUCUUACAGUUUUACUUUCUUAGGUUAGAUUAGAAGUAUUUACAAUAAUUAAAUAAUCAAGAAUAAUUUACCAUUUAAAACUGAAAGCCACGGUUCUCUACGAGUAGAUAACCAUGCUGAAAACAUACUAACAUUUGAGACUUAAAUAUAAAAAAACCUAAGUGACUAAAAACCCAAAUUUAAAGGACAGUUUCUGAAAAGGGAUAUAAGUCAAUUUUUAUAAAUGAAAAUAUUGUAUAUUUUUUUUUGUAGAUAAUUUUAAGCCGAGUCGACUAGUGAUACUGCAAUUUGGCUAUCUCAUUCUUAAUAAUACUAGUUGUUUUUAUUAAAACAGAUUAUGUUAAAAAAAAUUACAUCAUAAAGAUUUAAAAUUAUCUGAUUUAGGUUGGAAAGCAACAGUAUUCUGAAAAAUAUCUUUAUAGUAUGAUUAUUAUGAUUCAUUGCAAUAUCUCUAGGUUACAUUGGUAGGUAUUAGGUUACAAUACUGAAACUAACGUUGAAGUGUUUCCCAAAAAAAUCUUUGGAGCUUUUGAAGAAACAUAGAUAGUAUCCUUGGAUUCACUAUAAAUGUAUGGUUUUAAACAGUAAUGGUUUGUAGCUUAUUAAUAUUUUAUGUUGGGAUCAUGACACAUUGUUAAAUUAAAGUAAAUUUAAUAAUGCCCAAAUUCAAAACAUAUUAUGCGCAUAAGAUAAAUGGAUUUUAUCAUGACCAUAGUAGCCCAUAACAUAGCUAAAGGCCAGAGUAUAAUUCACAUUCUGCACACUAAAGUUGUUAUGGGACUGCGAGGGCAUUGCUUGAUAAAUAUCAGACACAUUAUACAUUUCACAGAUUAGCAGUAGUAUAACUUCAAAAUAAUUAAUUUAUCUACAAAAUUAUUUAGUGAAAAUUUUAUAGUUAGUCAAUAAAAGUCAAGUACCUAACAGUACCUAGGUAAUUAUAAAAAAUAAUAUUUGAAUAAAUUGUUAAAAUAUUGACUAUA